AUGGACAAGUACGGGGAUAUAGCUAGCUUAUCAUUGCUUGCGAUUUUUAACAUCCACUUCUUUUUACCAACAUGCUUUGCAUCAAAUGACACCCUAACUCCAUCCCAACCACUCAACGCAGGACAAGCUCUAAUUUCAGCUGGACAAAUCUUUGAAUUAGGAUUCUUCAGUCCUGGUAAUUCAAGUAGAUUGUACAUUGGAAUCUGGUACAAGAAUGAUAUUGAUCAUAGAGUUGUUUGGGUCGCAAAUCGGGAAAAUGCACCGUUAGAAGGUGACUUGGCUUCAAAGCUGAUAAUCAGCAGCCAUGGGAAUCUAAUGCUUAUAGAUGGAAAGCAAACUACUGUCUGGUCAGCAAAUGCCCCUGUCCAGUCUAAUAGCACAAUAGCAGUGCUCCAAGAUGACGGGGAUUUCAACCUUAAAGAUAAUGUUUCAGGGGAAACUAUAUGGGAAAGUUUUUAUUAUCCUACUGAUACAAUUUUAGCAGGCAUGCAGAUAGGAUUCAACAGCAGAACUGGACGGGAAAGCUUCUUGACAGCCUGGAAAAAUGAGAAUGAUCCGGCACCUGGAAACUUUGUUUAUGGACUCACAGACGAAAGACCAGCACAGUCUGUGGCAUGGAAUGGUACAAAACCACACUGGAGAUCAGGUCCAUGGGAUGGAUGGAAGUUCACUGGUAUACAAGACUUCGCCGAGGGGUAUUCAAAUGGACUAUUUGUGACACCAAAUAAUCAUAUGGGAGCUGCAUCCAUGACUUUCAACAACUUUGACAAUUCUGAUGUUUCAAUUGGUGUAAUUUCAACGACAGGUAUGGUAGAGGUAUGGUACAAGGAAAGAGAGCAAAAUAAAUGGAACUUUAUAUUUGCAGCACCUCAGGGUCCAUGUGAUGCAUACGGAACUUGUGGACCCUUCAGUGUUUGUAGCAGGAACCAUGCUUCAACUUAUGGUAUAGGGUGUCUGGUUUGGGUAACAGAUCUUAUCGACAUGCAGCAAUUCGUGAAGUCUGGGGAGGAUCUAUACCUCCGCCUUGCUAAUUCAGACCUAGGAGUAAAAAGUAGACAUACAGCAAUCAGCGUCAGCUUCGUAUCCAUAUCGGUUGGUUUCCUCUUGGGUGUGUUAAUAUGUUGUGUCCGCAGAUGGAAAGCUAACAGAAGAGACAGACAUCUCAGGGAACAAAGGUCAGAGACAAGAAAAUGGUUCACAAUAAAGAGCAUCAGAAAAAGGGGCAAAGUAAAGGGUCACUUGGCUGACAAAAAGGGCACUUUGAUUGAUACUUCACAGGACAAUAUCCAAGAAAAUCCUGCAUCAUCAAAGGGGUCAUCAGAGCUUCCAAUAGUUGAUUUCAAUAGGAUAAAGAUCGCUACCAACAACUUCAGCGAAGCUAACAAGCUUGGUGAAGGAGGAUUUGGCACAGUUUACAAGGGAAGCUUAGAAGAUGGACAGCAAAUAGCUGUGAAAAGGCUUUCGAGUCACUCAGGACAGGGCAUGGAGGAGUUCAAGAAUGAAGUUAUAUUGAUAUCUAAACUUCAGCAUAGAAAUCUUGUAAGGCUGUUGGGCUGCUGCAUUCAAGGAGAAGAGAAAAUAGUAAUUCUUGAGUACAUGAAAAACAAAAGCUUGGACACUUUCCUGUUCGAUCGAACAAAAAGGCUGGAGCUAGAUUGGGCCAAACGCUUCAGCAUCAUUCAGGGGAUUGCCAGAGGGCUUCUCUAUCUCCAUCGAGAUUCUUGUUUGAGAAUUAUUCACAGAGAUAUGAAGGCCAGCAACAUUCUCUUGGACGAUGACAUGAAUCCGAAAAUCUCAGACUUUGGACUGGCGCGAACUUUCCGUGUCACACAGGAAUUAGCCAACACUGGCAGGGUUGUGGGAACUUUCGGUUAUAUGUCUCCUGAAUAUGCCAUGAGUGGGCAAUUUUCGGAAAAAUCUGAUGUUUAUAGCUUUGGAGUUUUGCUGCUAGAGAUUGUCAGCAGCAAGAAGAACACAGGGUUCGGAUAUCACGAAAAAUAUUUGAACCUUCUUGGUUGUGCAUGGCAAUUGUGGAACGAGUGCAAAGCUCCAGAGUUGCUGGAUCAAUCACUGGCAGAUUCUUGCACCCCAACAGAGGUAAAGAGAUGCAUUCAAAUCGGGCUUCUUUGUGUUCAAGACCAUGCUGCAGAUCGGCCUACAAUGUCAAAUGUAGUUCUCAUGCUAAGCAGUUCUGAGAGUGAAAUGGAACUUCCUCAACCAAGACAACCUACAUUUACGUUUCAAAACUUGCAAGAAUCCGAUCGUUUUCAAUCAGCCAUUCGCUUAUGCAACGAAAGAGAUCUCAAGCAUUCAUUGGGUGCACAAAUUCUUGAAGCAAACAGAAGAGUUAUUUUUGAGGUAUCGGCAGUUAUGCUUAUAACGAUCUUCAGAGCGAGGACGAGAAAAUGGUGCAUAAUAAAGGGCAUCAGAAAAUUGUGCAUGCUAAAGGAUCUCGUGGUGUCUGAGAAGAAAAAGGGCACUUUGAGAGAUACCUCACAAGAUGAUAUCCAGGAAAGUCCCGCAUCGGCAAAUGAGUCAUUGGAGCUUCCAGCGAUCGAUUUCAAUAGGAUAAAGAUUGCCACCGACAACUUCAGUGAAGCUAACAAGCUUGGUGAAGGAGGGUUCGGCGCAGUUUACAAGGGGAGAUUAGAAGAUGGACAGCAAAUAGCCGUGAAAAGGCUUUCGCGUCAUUCAGGACAAGGCAUGGAGGAGUUCAAAAAUGAGGUUGUCUUGAUAUCUAAGCUUCAGCAUAGAAACCUUGUCAGGCUGUUGGGCUGCUGCAUUCAGGGAGAAGAAAAGACAGUAAUUCUUGAAUACUUGAAAAACAAGAGCUUGGACAAAUUCCUCUUUGAUCGAACAAAGAGGUUGGAGCUAAAUUGGGAAAAACGCUUCAACAUAAUUCAGGGCAUUGCCAGAGGGCUUCUAUACCUCCAUCGAGAUUCUUGUUUAAGAAUUAUUCACAGAGAUUUAAAGGCCAGCAACAUUCUCUUGGAUGAUGACAUGAACCCCAAAAUCUCAGACUUUGGCCUGGCACGAACUUUCCAAGUCACACAAGAACUAGCCAACACCCGCAGGGUUGUGGGAACUUUCGGCUACAUGUCUCCAGAAUAUGCCAUGGGAGGGGUAUUUUCAGAAAAAUCUGAUGUUUACAGCUUCGGAGUCUUAUUGCUGGAAAUAGUCAGUAGCAAGAAGAAUACUGGGUUUGGUUAUCACGAAAAACAUAUAAGCCUUCUUGGUUAUGCAUGGCAAUUAUGGAAUGAGUGCAAAGCUCCAGAGUUGCUGGAUGAAUCACUGACUAAUUCUUGCACCCCAUCAGAAGUAAUGAGAUGCAUUCGAGUUGGGCUUCUUUGUGUUCAAGACCAUCCUACAGAUCGGCCUACAAUGGCUAAUGUAGUUCUCAUGCUAAGCAGUUCUGAGAGUGAAAUAGAACUUCCUCAACCAAGAGAACCUACAUUUACAUUCCAAAGCUUGCUGGAAUCAGAUAAUUGUCAGUCAGGGAUUAGUUUAUGCAAUGAUUCCAUCAACGAAGUCAGUGUUUCAAUGGUUGAAGGGCGAUGAAUGGGUGAUUUACACAACAGUCAAGAGACACACAUCCGCAGAUUAUGAAAUUUAUUACUUAUCAGAUGCUUUCUGUAGGUGAAUGUGAGUAUUAAGAAUAAAGGUGCUCUGCGAAUAGCCUAUUUAGUUAUCUAAAUCGAUUUAGUUCACAUAAAAUCCUUAUGCAUUCGAAACAUAUUUUAAGACAUAAUUCAAUUUGUUUCGGCUGUGUCUGUCAUUCUGUUUUCAUAUCUGAAUACUGAACUGAAUUAAGUCUGCUGCGGGCAUAUUCUAG